CAACCUUAAAAACGUGUCAAAAAGUUGAUCCAUAAAAAUUGUUUAUCAACGUGAUUUUGGAUAUAGGUUUACAGUUUUCAAGAGUUUAUUUAUGUUCUAACAUGUGUAAGAUCAAAUACAUUUAUUCAUUGUUUUAAAGAAUUAAAAAAGUGCCAUACCAUGACCUCAAAAUGGGAGAGACGGAUGAAGAUGGCGAAGAUGGAGAUCCGUUUUGUAAAACAUGUAAAAAUGAAGUAAAGCACAAUGAGCAGGGUCUUUUAUGUGAAGGAAAAUGCCAAUCUUGGUAUCAUAUAGCCUGUGUGGGAAUUAGCAGUCAACAGUAUAAAAAAAUGAAUGGAGAGAUUUUAAAGAUCCUCAUUUGGAUGUGCCCUUCAUGUAAGGAACAGCUUAAGCAACUAAUGCAAAUUGAGUCAUUCGGUAAUAAGAUGAAAACCCUGUGUGAAAAAUUUACAAGUAUUGAGGAAAAAGUCAAAAUUAGAUUUUUUAUUCAUAAACUUUAUAUUUUGCGCAACGUUAUGGCGAAGAAGUUACUACUGAUGAUUUACAAGGCACUUGUUGAGCUCCUUUUAAGGUAUGGCAUUGUUGUAUGGGGUGUGAUGUACAGCUCAAAUCUUACUCAACUGAAAGUAGUGCAGUACUAAGUACAUUGUAAGGAUCAUUCUAAAAAAACCUAGAG